AUGUCCUCAUAUGUUGCCAGCCUAGUGGCAUUGGGUCUGUGUGUUAUCUUUGCAUUCUAUCAACAGCAACAGCGAACUCACGAAUGUGCUGCGAAGCAAUCCACCGUCCACCAAAGACAUGAAGCAAUUGACGAGGAACUGCACAAUGUUCACCAGUCAAGUGCUACAGAACGGUUCAUGGUCUUGCGUAAUCAAUUCCUCAUCGUCUACGUAUUUGCUACUGCCGCAGACUGGCUUCAGGGUUCUUUCAUGUACAGUCUGUAUAAGAACACACAUCAGGUGCCAGAGGCAACCAUUGCUGCGCUUUUCGCUGCAGGGUUUCUCUGUGCCGGUAAAAAGGCAUGCCAGGCAUACUGUGUGGCCUAUGUACUCUCAAACCUCACCAUGCUCUCCGGAAACAUUUGGAUAUUGAUGCUUGGAAGAGCAUUGGGGGGCGUGAGCACGACAAUACUCUUUACUGCGUUUGAAACCUGGAUGGUGUCCGAGUUCCACCGGCAGGAUCUGACGCAUACAUUGUGCUCCCUCAGCUCACUGUACGGGACCAUGUCGGCUGUUAAUGGGUUUAUUGCUGUCGGUAGUGGAGUGGUCGCACAGAUCUUGGUUGCCAUAUUUGCCUCAGAAAAGGCCCCUUUUAUGGCCAGUAUUGUCUGCUUAGUAGUAGCCUGCUACUUCAUCUCGACGCUUUGGGUCGAGAAUCAUCGGUCACGAACUGAUUAUAGCAUAAGAGAAGCAACAACAGCUCCAAGGGCCGGUGUCAGUGAACUCUUGCAACCUGAUCUUUUAUUAAUCGGCUAUGCAACCUGCCUGCUGGAAGGUUCCAUGUACGUCAUGGUGUACUCCUGGCCUGAAGCCAUCAGCACAGCCCGGCCAUGGGAAUCGGCGAACGUCGACCCCCCUUUCGGCAUUAUAUUCGCCUGCUUCAUGUCUGCGCUCACUCUUGGCUCGAUGUUCUUCGACUACUCCACCCGCGAUGGAAACUCCCGGCAGCUUUCAACCUCAUUCGUCCAACUGGCACUCUCAUUGUCAGCCCUUUGUUUCGUAGUCGUGGUGGCAUCGCGCCGACAAUCGGUUCGAUUCAUCGCUUUUUGUGUCUUUGAAUUCUGCGUCGGCUUGUACUUCCCCAGCAUUGCCUAUCUGAGAGGCCAUUUCGUGAAAGAUGCGCACAGGGCCACGACAUAUGGGCUCAUUCGGGUGCCAUUGAACGUAUUUGUAUUCGUUUCUCUGAUCUCUAUACAUGAAGGGGAUAUUAGUCGAGAGAACCGGUUCCUGCUAUGCUCCGGGCUUCUACUCGUUGGAACGUAUUUGCUGGCCCGUCGUCGUUCUGCCAGCUGA